GUAUAAUCGACAGAAAAUGGCUGCCGAUUAUGUAUAGAUCAUAAUCGACAGAAAUGUUAUCGAUUAUGUCACGCCCCAAAACCUAAAUCCGAGAGCGUAACAGACGCCGUACACUUGUGAGACAAGUCCCACAAGUGCACAAGGCUCGAAACUUACUCAACAAAAUUAGUUUUGAUACCAUAAAUUUUUCAAUUAAAAUCUAACUUACAAGAGCAUGGUAUAUAUUCUAGAAUCUAUGUCAAAUCUCAAGUGGCUAGCCUUCUACCACGUCACUCUGUUGAUUUCCAUGACUCGGGUCACACUAUUUGAAAUGGUGGGUAAGGAAAAACGAGGUGAGAUAAAAUAUUUCAGUAAAUAAAUAUGAAUAGCCCGCAAGUAAAAUUUUAGCAUGCCAGAUAAACAGUUUAACAUAAUAAAACGUUCAAUGAUAAAUUGUAAUAUCCCAAAAUUUUGGGGUAUUUUAGCAUUAAAUUAGGGACUUAUGUGUGAAAGAAAUAUUAUUUUGGGCUUAAUCACAACAUUUUCAAAAGUUGAGGGACUAAAAAGAAAGGAAAUUAGGAUAAGGAUGGCUGAGUUUUUCUUUCUUUUUUUUCUUCUUCCUUAUCCGCGUGCCUGCUCCGUUCUUCCCGAUUCCCUCCCGACAAGCCCCCCCCUAAGCCACCGACUGCCUCUUCCUUUGGAAACCGGUAAAGAGGCUUGAAAAUUCUCCUUCUUUCUUGCUUAAUCACAAGAUUUGGGGCUUAGAAUUCUCUCCCUCAACCCAGAAAAAUCCCAGAUCUGCGCUGUCUUCUUCCCUCUGUCCGUCGGCCUCUGCUUGUGUGGGUGUGAAUUUUCGGUUUUUCGGGUAAGAUCUAGCCAUGAAUCCCUCUCUUUAACCUUGAUUUAGGUUGGGUUUACUUUAAUUGCUUUAUUCCCUUCCAAUUUCUGGUAGAGCCGUGAGCCUCCCCCCUGCAAUCCCGUCAGCCCCCAUGCUCGCCUGGUGCGGGUUCUGCUGUCCGAAAAAAAAGAUGAGAAUUCUGGUAUGUGCUAGUUUCUCCAAGGCUGAAUUUUACCCAUUUAGUAGUUGAAAUUAUACAUGUAGCUGCUGCCUUCUUGUCCGAAUUUUCUGUCAAAACAGGGGAAGAAUUGGCAGUGAAUUAAAUGUGUUUUAAGCUUGAUUAUGUAGAAUUUAGCUUGAAUUAGCUGCUGUGAUGUUUUGUGUGAGAAAUCCCGGGUGUGAGUGUGGUUUUGCCGAGCCAUUUUCUCCAUUUUUCUAUCCCGGGAGUUGGUAGCUUAAGUUGGUUUUUGUUUAAUUUAAGUGGAAAUUAGCUUGAAUUGGGUUGUGUGAUUUUGGAGAAAAAUCCCGUGAGAUUAGCUAUGUUUUGCCAAUUUUGGAAGUUGAGGUUAUUGUUCACGGUACUGUUCAUGAGUACUGUUCACACAUCGAGAGUCAACAAUUAACGGGGAUUUAAAUGUUUAGUUUGUAAUCUAAGAAUAAAUUUGGAGAUGUUUGGUUAUGUGAAGACCGAUAGAAAUAGCAUCGUGAUUAGGGGUAGUGCUUAUGAUGAUUUUACUGUGAAUUUGUGGUAGUGCGGUAUUAACUGUGGAAUAUUGUGAUUAGGUUUUGAUCGUUCUGUCACCGUAGCACUUGGGUUAGCCUUCUGUUCUGUGCGAGUGAGGUAAGUAAAUUAUGGCAAAGCCC